ACUAAUAUAAACUUGUGUACAGAAUAAAUAAUAUACUAAUAUAUACUAAUAUCCAGAAGCAACUGAUGUUUAACAAUUUGUUAUGGGUGUUCUAUAAAAUAUUGAGGGUAAUAUUAGGUGUUAAAAACGAAUUUGAAUAUUUUAAUAACAUCAUUUAAUAAUUUACAUUGCCACAAUGUCAGCAUACCAGAAAUUAUUAAGUCAUCCAGAAAUGGAUUCUGUAAGUGACAUCACUUUAACAACAAAUGUCGAAUUCAGUGGAGGAUCAUUACCUCAAAAUUUAAAAUCUGAAGUAAAUUCAAAAUGGAAAAAUUUCAAUUCUACUCGAAGAGUUGAAAAAACAAAUAUUCACAGAAAAGGUCCUGCUCCUAUAGAAGAUGCAGAUGCCUUAAAAAAAAGCGUUUCCAAAGCCACUUAUGGAACACUAGAUUCUGAUGUAGAAGAUUUAGAGUUUGAAGAUAAUCGGAACUCUCAAUUAGUUGAAGACCCUUAUAAAAAAGUCAAAAGUAAAACUAAUGAUAAAGGUGACUCACUUGCUAGUUGUAGAGCAUUAGUUGUUUAUUUUUCAAAAUUAGCAAAGUCCAAAGAUGAUAAUGAAACGAUCGAUUUAAACUUUGUUGACUCUUUACUACAAAAUGGUGCUGAUAUUAAUUUUUCUGAUAAACAUGGACAAACAAUUCUGCAUGAAAUUGCUCGUGGUUGGCAUCCAGAUGUUGCAAAAUUUGCUAUUCAACAUGGUGCAGAUGUAAAUAAAGCUGAUAAAACUGGUCGUACUGUUUUGCAUUUAGCAGCAGCUGUAGAUUAUGAUGACAUGGUUGAAUUUCUUGUGUGUAAUGGGGCAAAUUUGGGAGCAAAAACUUAUGGCGAGCUUCAGACCCCUAUGCAUUAUGCAGCUAAGAACAAUGCUGCAGCUUCAUUAAAGACAAUGCUGAGACUUGGUGCCUUCAUCAAUGAUCGAGACUAUAAACGAAGAACUCCGUUAUUUGUUGCUGCAGAAACUGCUCGUGCUGAUGCUGCACGCUUUCUUAUUGAACAAGGAGCUCCAGCUGGUGUUUAUGAUUCAAGUGGAACACCCUGCUUAUCAUUAAUGAUAGAAAAAAUGCCCCAAAUAGCAAUGGAAGCUAUAGAACAAUUUCACUUUCUUGAUAGAGCAUUUCGAAAGCAUUACUAUUAUUUAAGUUAUUUAGAACGAGAUCCUCAAUAUCUGUCUGAACCAAUACCGAAAAGUAAGAGAGAACAAAAGGAAUUAAAAGAGAAAUUAAAAGAUGAAAAAAGAAUAUUAAAAGACCAAGGAAAAAAAAUGCCCAAAAAAGAAAAGACUUAUGCUAAAACACCUUUAGAGGUUAUAGUUCAAUAUAACCAACUCGAUCUUGUUAUGCAUGUGGUAUUCCAGCGUUUGCUUUUGGUAAAGUGGCAGUUGUUUGCUAAACGUGGCUCCACAUACACACUUCUUAUUAACUUGUACUUUACAUUGAUCUGGACAUUUUUAGGUAUUUUUAUACCACGUGAUCGAAAUUAUUAUUCUCCACUGAGUAAAAAUUGGUGGAGAUUAGUUUUAGAAAUCAAUGGGGUGAUGCUUACUGGUUAUUUUAUUUUUAUGGAAUUGUCUCAACUUAGAAAAAUUGAAAAUGCUCAUAAUAUGUGGCGUCAAUGGCGCACAAAGCAUGUUGAAAAAGAUCUGCGGUACUGUCACCCUAGAUGGCCUGAAGAACGCAAAUACUUGGAGUCCGAACUUGCUCAAAUACGCACAUUUCAAAGGACCUACUUUAGAGAGCCAUGGAAUAUUUUUGAAUGGAUUGCUUAUUUUGUCGUCUUAACAUUAGUUUUAACUCGAAUAAUGGCUGUAGCUUUAAAUGAUCAAACUGCAAGUGAGGUUCAUCCACGUGUAUAUUCACUUGGUUUGAUUGUUAUAUGGCUAAGAUUUAUGAGGUCAUGUCGUGCUUAUAGAAGUCUUGGGCCGUUUAUUGCAAUAUUAGGUUCUGUGAUUGCAGAUACAAUGAAAUUUGCUUUCUUGUUUUUUGAGUUCUUUAUUCCUUAUGUAGUCGGGUUUUGGAUUUUAUUUGGUGGUAAAAUUAAUGCUAAAACUAUGGGGGAUAGUAGUGCUGUUAACUGGGAGCACUUUAACGAUCUCAUGUUUUCUGUCUGGAGUAUGACACUGAUGGGAGAUUUUGAUUGGAAUGGGUUGGUCGCUGUUGAUCGUCUUAUGGCCCAGAUUUUAUGUGGCACUUACUUUGCUCUCGCUGGUGUGGUAUGUAUGAAUCUUUAUAUAGCACUUCUUUCUGACACUUUUGCUCGAGUAUAUGCCCAAGCACAAGCUAAUGCAGUGAUGCAACAAGCCCAAACUGUUAUCUUGUUAGAAAAUAAAUUAGAUCGAAAAAGAAAAUUAGAGUUUGGUCAUUUCAUGCAAAAAGAAUGCUCACCUGAGGAAGUUUACUCACGAGAUGAAGGAAAUAUGCCAGAUGAUCAUGACAAUGAUUUGUUUGAAAAAGUUACAAGACAAAUCACAAAUCGUAUCAAUGUAUUAGAAGAUUCAAUAAAACAAGGUGGUGAUAAAAGCAGUUCUAGUACCGGAGUUUCACGAGGUUCUCAUCCAAGAGGUGAUAAUGGCGACUCUGGUCUUGAUGGUAUCAUGCAUAUAAUGAAUUUUCAGAACAGUCAAAUUUCAGAUCUGAAAAAGGAUUUAGAAGAAUUAAAAAAAGUUUUAAUACAUAAUAAAACAAAAAUGGCAUUUAAAGACCAACCUGCACCCUUAGAGCAAUCUUCGUACAAGGCCCCAAAUCUUACAUCUCAAAAGACAAUAGAACCCGCUAAAAUAUUUACACCAUCGCAACAAGCAGUUCUUAGUUAUCCAUCAUCUUCUGGUGUUAGCUAUUAUCCUCCUCCAUUAUAUUCAAACGCAUUCGCUGAACAACAAAAACCCUUAAAAGAACCUACUCAUCAGAUUUUUUCAGGUACUUUAUCAAAACAACAAAAUCCAGGAUAUAUUACGGAUCCUGAACAUAUGGGUGGUAUGGGUCGUGGAAAACGAAGACGUCGUGGUAAGCGAGGUGGGAAUGGUAAUGGGUACGACAGCGAUCAAAACAGUGUUUUUUCUGAGCAGAUUCCAUUAGAGAAUUUUAGGCGUCCUCCGAGUCCCAAAUCUGUAGCAUCGUUACCUACUGGUAAACGCAAGAAGGGUAAAAAGUUAACUAAACCUCUUACUGGUAGUUGGGAAGAUAUACGCACAGAUUUACACGUAUAAAACCAUUUCUACAGCGCAGCUGUAAAUGGUUGUUGUACUAUUCCAAAAAACAUGGCGUUUUUUGACGAAUUUAAGAAAAAAAAAAAAAGUUGAAGGCGCGUCAUGUGAGAUGCUUUGGUAUAUUGCUGGGAUAUAAAGUUGGUUUUAUAUGGAACUCAGAUCCCUUAUUUUAGAAAUCAACUAUUAUACAUUUUACUUCCAAAUUUCGUAAUUUAUUUUUAUAAUUCAAUUGCUCCGAUAAAUCAGAAAACAUGUCAUAAAUCGAUUGAGAAAAGUUUAUAUUAAAAUCAGCGUUUAUUUUUUAAAAAAUAUUUUGAAUUCAAGUAUGUUUUUUACUUUACAAAUUAGCAAGAUUGCUAUUUGGAAGCUUAUUUUUUUUUGGAGCAUUUUUUUAGAUAUCAGGUUUUUUAAAUUUUUGCAGUAAAAAAAAAAAGAAAAUUUGUUUGUUAUAAAAUAAAUAAUAGUACUUAUAAAUUAUUAGAACUUUUUCUUUCAGGUAAAACUUCAGGUAAAAUUGGAGUUUACAAACAUUCUUUUUUGCACUCCUAUAACUCAAUAUAAAAUUGUAUAAAUUAACGGUGAAACAUAAAACAGUACUUGUGAAGACAUCUUAAGAGUCUUGAAAACGAUUUUAAUAUGGUGAAACAGCUACUAUUAGAGCUAUGUUUUGAAAAAAAAAUUAUAUGACAUCAUUAUGCCGGCGAGAGGUCGAAAUUUUUGUUUUUUCGAUGACAAAGUAAUUUAUUAGUUUUUAAAGUUUAUAAGUUUUGAAGUAUCUUAUUCAAUAUAUCUAUCGGUAAGUAACAUUUUUUUACAUACA